GUUUUUCCUUUGACCAUGUCUUCGGCUGGAGUGAAUUGCACUGUUUGCGAUAAACCAGGUGUCUCCCGAUGCUCGGACUGUCGAACAACAUAUUAUUGUGGUCCUGAGUGCCAACGGGCAGACUGGAAAACUCAUAAAGUCGCCUGCGCUCAAAUGCCCAAGUGGUAUGACAAGCAUCGAAAAAAUCGGGAUGGAUCUCUUCACGAAGGACGAAUGGAACUCAUCACAUGGGAUUGUCCUGCAGAAGGCCUUGGCUGGGGCGCUUGCUUCAAAGAGGAGUCGGACGACUUGAAGAAAGAUUUCCAAACGAAGUAUGGCGGCGAUUGCGAGAAGUUUCAUGAAUUCUGGCCACAAGGUUUCCGGUGGACUUGCUGUGGUAUGAGUGCAGACAUGGACUAUGGUUGUGACCAUCAUGGGACUGGGAAAAAGCCAUGCACUUGCGAUUUUUGCCGGAUGGGCAAACCACUGCCGGAUAGUAUUUACAAAGAGAAAACCGCGUCUCGUCAUGGACUGCAACUUCAACGAGGCCCCGACCCACGUUCCUCCAAUUUUGCGCUGGGUAUGAUUGCAGAAACCGCAAGAACUGUCAUGGGCCUUGCCAUUGACGACUGA